CCUCUUAUAACCACAAAACUAAUAAUCAAUCUUGAUAUAUAUUUAUCUUUUCUUGGAAGGAAUCCAAAGAAUGGCAAUGCACAAGAGCAGUUCAGGUUCAGCAUUGGGUCCGGGAGGCUUGGACUUAACUCAAGCCUUCUUCAAGUCGAUCAUGAACGCUGCAGCUUCUUCUCCCACCAAACGCCACAACAAAAUCUCUGUUGUUGGGGCAGGCAACGUGGGAAUGGCCAUAGCCCAAACCAUCCUCACUCAGGAUCUCACCGACGAGCUUGUGCUCGUGGAUGCAAUUCCUGACAAACUCCGCGGCGAGAUGCUUGACCUCCAGCACGCCGCUGCCUUCCUCCCCCGCACCAGAAUUCAGGCCUCCACCGAUUACUCGGUCACGCUGGGCUCUGACCUCUGCAUUGUCACAGCCGGGGCUCGUCAAAUUAAUGGCGAGUCCCGGCUCAAUCUCCUACAGAGGAAUGUCACACUCUUUCAGAAAAUCAUACCUCCUUUGGCUCGUUACUCCCCAGACACCAUUCUUCUCAUCGUUUCAAAUCCCGUGGACGUGCUCACUUACGUGGCAUGGAAGCUUUCAGGGUUCCCUUCAAACCGCGUCAUUGGCUCCGGCACUAACUUGGACUCUUCCCGUUUUCGUUUCCUCAUUGCUGAUCAUCUUGAUGUCAACGCUCAAGAUGUCCAGGCUUUUAUAGUGGGGGAACAUGGUGACAGCUCAGUGGCUCUGUGGUCUAGUAUUAGUGUUGGGGGUGUUCCGGUGCUGAGUUUUUUGGAGAAGCAAGAAAUUGCGUAUGAGAAGGAAAUGUUGGAGAACAUACACAAGGAAGUUAUACAGGGUGCUUAUGAAGUUAUCAAUCUGAAAGGGUACACUUCUUGGGCGAUAGGAUACUCGGUGGCAAACUUGGCACGAACCAUUCUCAGGGACCAAAGGAGGGUCCACCCUGUCUCGGUUCUUGCAAAGGGUUUUUAUGGCAUUGAUGAUGGGGAAGUGUUUCUUAGCUUGCCUGCACAACUAGGAAGAGGAGGGGUUUUGGGUGUAACCAAUGUGCACUUGACUGAAGAAGAGACACAGAGGCUUAGGGACUCAGCUAAGACAAUCCUCCAAGUGCAGAAUCAGUUGGUUAUUUGAAUUUUUUUUCAAGCACCCUCUGAUGAACUCACCUGGAAAUUAGUAACUCAUGUAUCAAUGUUAUGGUUGUUUAUUAUCCUUUUCUUUUCUUUUCUUUUUUCCAAAAUAUUGUUUGGUCGUCUAUGUGUACGUACUGAGAAAUUUCUUUUCUGUUGUUGUUGUUGUUAUAAUAAACAGAGAUGCAUUUGCUAUUUA